GAAGCCCUUGGAAUUAAAAAAAGCCGAGCAAGAUCCUCUCGCCUCAGGACUUGAGUGGUUUCAGGAGAAAGAGCGCUUCCUCUCGAGCUUCCUUUUCCCAAGGUCUCCUUCCUUGCCUCCCUUCUUCUCUAGGCCCAACAAUAGGUUGAGACGACACGACACCAAAAUAUCGGCUUUGACUGCCAACCCUCUCAUCCUCAGUAUACCGUGUUACCUCCUCCCCUCUGGCCCACACCUAAAGCAGAGAGACAACUCAUAUACUCGGUCCUCCGUCCAUUCACAAAAUUAACAAGAGAACACGUUUCUGGAUUAAACGCUCGACACUUCAGCAGCUUCUAUCCCUCCUUCUGCGGCGUCAGACAAAUACAAUCUCACACUCGCCAUCUUCUUUCUCGCCUUCCUUCCUUUUCAGUACCAAUCAUUCCACAGCUUGCUCGACAAGAUGUCAUCGACAGCUGUCUCGGCCAGAGGCCACCCCGCCAUGAAGAGGACCAUUACCUCUACCACGGUCGACUCUGAGUCGUCUCCUCCUACAGCCACCGCCUCCCCUUUCGACUCGCCCCGCCCUUCGGCCUCGUCGACCUCUCUCUCCUCCAUGUCCUCCCUUGACGCUGCCAGCGCCAACAAGAUCUCGUAUGGAAAGCUGAUUGACACGCACGGCAACACCUUCGAGGUCCCCGACUACACCAUCAAGGAUAUCCGGGACGCCAUUCCCAAGCACUGCUUCGAGCGUGACGGCGUACGAGGGCUUGGCUAUGUCCUGCGCGACAUGGCCUGCAUAGCCGCCACCUUCUACCUCUUCCACAACUUUGUCACCCCCGACACCAUUCCCUCCACCCCCGUGCGCGCCGCCCUCUGGGGUCUGUACACCUUCAUGCAGGGCCUUUUUGGCACCGGCCUGUGGGUCCUCGCACACGAGUGCGGCCACGGCGCCUUCUCCCCCUCCAAGCUCUACAACAACAUUGUUGGCUGGGUCCUCCACUCCGCCCUCCUCGUCCCCUACUUCAGCUGGCAGAUGUCCCACAGCAAGCACCACAAGGCCACCGGCCACAUGGAGCGCGACAUGGUCUUUGUCCCCCGCACCCGUGAGCAGCAGGCCGCUCGCCUGGGCAAGCUGGUCCAUGAGCUGUCUGAGCUGACCGAGGAGACCCCCAUCUACACCCUGACCAUGCUCAUUGGCCAGCAGCUCAUCGGCUGGCCCAACUACCUCCUCACCAACGUCACUGGCCACAACUACCACGAGAGGCAGCGUGAGGGCCGUGGCAAGGGCAAGCACAAUGGUUUCCGUGGCGGUGUCAACCACUUUGACCCCCGCACGCCCCUGUACGAGAACAAGGAUGCCCACCUCGUGGUGCUCAGCGACAUUGGUAUCGGCCUGGCCGCUACUGCCCUGAUCUACCUCGGCAACACCUUUGGCUGGUCCAACAUGCUGGUGUGGUACUUUAUCCCGUACCUCUGGGUCAACCACUGGCUUGUCGCCAUCACUUUCCUCCAGCACACCGACCCUACCCUGCCCCACUACACCGGUGAGGAGUGGACCUUCGUCAAGGGUGCCGCCGCCACGAUCGACCGUGAGUUUGGUUUCAUCGGCCGCCACCUUCUCCACGGCAUCAUCGAGACCCACGUCCUGCACCACUACGUCAGCACGAUUCCCUUUUACCAUGCCGACGAGGCCACCGAGGCCAUCAAGCCCGUCAUGGGCCGCCACUACAGGGCUGAUGUCGCCGACGGCCCUGUCGGCUUCAUCAAGGCCAUGUACAAGAGCGCGCGUAUGUGCCAGUGGGUUGAGCCCAGCGCUGAGGCCGAGGGUCCUGGUAAGAACGUUCUGUUCUACAGGAACCGCAACGGCCUGGGCACCAAGCCCGCCAAGAUGAGCCCGAGCGAGGGCCAGGCCAAGGCUGGCAUGAUCAUCGGCGCGGACUAGGAGCAGUUCGGCAGCCUGGACGAAGCUUUGUUGAAGUGAUGUGGAAGUCUCUGAUGUCUUUAUGUCUUUUUUCUUUUCUUUCUCUGAGUCAUCUCCCUUCUUCUCGAUCCAUGGUGGUCAUGGCCCUUGCGUCAUUUGUGUGUUGCGGAGAAUACUGUGUAUUUGGGUGCGUAUUAUCGUCAGGUGAACACUGGUUGCUCGAGAAUAGGGACUGGCCAACAAAAACAUGGGUAGACAAUCUUGUCUACCCUCUCGACAAGCGGCUGGGGAAUGCAUGGCGCGCAGGGUCAUGAGCAAAGCAACCAGCUAGAGGAAUAGAAACGGGAACGGCGCUUGUGGUGAACUAGAGGAUAAACGAUGGGGAGCAAGGAAAGAAAGAAAAAACCAAGAGAAGAGCAGAAACGCAUAGACAAAAGGAGAAGGAGAGACAAGCAAUCGAGACGAAUAGAGAAUUUGCGAUAUGAUACC